UCAGAGUCGACGGUGGCGGCGGCGGCGGCGACGGCUGCCGCGGCAGUGGCGACGGCCGCGGGGACUCGGAGCUGAGAGGAGCUGCUGCUCGGACCAGCGCGGUUAUAUUUCACACUAUGUGCUGACUGUAUCUACAGAAGAUAUUUAAAAAAAAAAAACUUUUUUCAAAGAUUUUGAUUCCAGUGGAAUCUUUGCUUUAGAUUAUUUUCUCUGUGUGUGUGUGUGUUAGUGAAUUGUAACUCCAGUAACAAUGCCUGUACAAGCUCCACAGUGGACGGAUUUCCUCUCCUGCCCAAUUUGCACUCAGACUUUCGAUGAAACAAUUCGAAAGCCCAUCAGUUUGGGUUGUGGCCAUACUGUCUGCAAGAUGUGCCUGAAUAAACUUCACCGCAAGGCUUGCCCAUUUGACCAGACCACUAUCAAUACAGACAUUGAGCUCCUCCCCGUGAACUCAGCAUUGCUGCAGCUGGUGGGUGCUCAGGUCCCUGAGCAGCAACCCAUUACUUUGUGUAGUGGGGUUGAAGAUACAAAGCAUUAUGAGGAAGCCAAGAAAUGUGUAGAAGAAUUAGCAUUGUACCUGAAGCCACUCAGCAGUGCUAGAGGAGUGGGUCUGAAUAGCACUACUCAGAGUGUUCUGAGUCGCCCAAUGCAGAGGAAGCUGGUGACUCUGGUCCACUGCCAACUAGUGGAAGAAGAAGGCAGGAUUCGUGCUAUGAGAGCAGCCCGAUCUUUAGGUGAACGAACAGUUACAGAGCUCAUUCUUCAGCACCAGAAUCCUCAGCAACUCUCCUCUAAUCUUUGGGCAGCAGUCAGGGCUAGGGGCUGCCAGUUCCUUGGACCAGCAAUGCAGGAGGAAGCUCUAAAGCUGGUUCUCCUGGCCUUGGAAGAUGGUUCUGCUCUGUCAAGGAAAGUCUUGGUUCUCUUUGUGGUGCAAAGAUUGGAGCCACGGUUUCCUCAGGCCUCUAAAACUAGCAUUGGGCAUGUUGUUCAGCUCCUUUAUAGAGCUUCCUGCUUCAAGGUCACCAAGCGUGAUGAAGACUCUUCUUUGAUGCAACUAAAGGAAGAAUUUAGAACCUACGAAGCUCUACGGCGAGAACAUGACUCCCAGAUAGUGCAAAUUGCUAUGGAAGCAGGCUUACGAAUUGCACCAGACCAAUGGUCCUCAUUACUUUAUGGAGACCAGACUCAUAAGUCCCAUAUGCAGUCAAUUAUUGACAAGUUGCAGACCCCAGCCUCUUUUGCACAAAGUGUUCAGGAGCUAACAAUUGCUCUCCAGCGAACUGGAGAUCCAGCAAAUUUGAACCGACUAAGACCCCAUUUGGAGCUAUUGGCAAACAUUGACCCUAGUCCAGAUGCUCCUCCUCCUACUUGGGAGCAGCUAGAAAAUGGGCUGGUUGCUGUGCGGACUGUGGUACAUGGGCUAGUAGACUAUAUCCAGAACCAUAGCAAAAAGGGAGCAGAUCAACAGCAGCCUCCACAGCAUAGCAAAUAUAAAACAUACAUGUGUCGAGAUAUGAAGCAGAGAGGAGGAUGCCCUCGUGGGGCCAGCUGUACAUUUGCACACUCACAGGAGGAACUGGAGAAGUUUCGUAAAAUGAAUAAACGCCUAGUUCCCAGAAGACCCCUGAGUGCCUCUUUGGGUCAACUUAAUGAGGUGGGCCUGCCUUCAGCAGCUGUCCUUCCAGAUGAAGGCGCAGUGGAUCUGCCUAGCAGAAAAACCCCUGCUCUGCCAAAUGGAAUUGUAUCAGCAGGGAGUACAGUAACACAGCUGAUUCCACGAGGGACAGAUGCCACCUAUGAUUCUAGUCUGAAGCCAGGAAAGAUAGAUCAUCUGAGCAGUAGCGCCCCUGGAUCUCCUCCUGACCUGCUAGAAUCUGUCCCUAAGAGUAUUUCUGCCUUACCUGUGAAUCCACAUCCUGUACCUCCAAGGGGGCCGACAGAUUUGCCUCCAAUGCCUGUCACCAAACCACUUCAGAUGGUACCACGAGGUUCUCAGUUAUACCCAGCACAGCAGGCAGAUGUUUACUACCAGGAUCCUCGAGGAGCUGCUCCACCGUUUGAACCAGCACCGUAUCAGCAGGGUAUGUACUAUACUACACCACCACAGUGUGUGUCUCGCUUUGUCAGACCUCCACCAUCUGCUCCUGAACCUGGUCCUCCCUACUUGGAUCAUUAUCCGCCCUAUCUCCAAGAUCGUGUAGUCAACUCUCAGUAUGGCACCCAGCCACAGCAGUACCCACCUAUGUACCCACCACACUAUGACGGCCGCCGAAUGUACCCUGCUCAGUCUUACACAAGAGAGGAGAUUUUCCGAGAAAGUCCUAUACCCAUUGAGGUUCCACCUGCUGCAGUACCGUCCUAUGUACCAGAAUCCAGAGAAAGAUACCAACAGAUGGAGGGUUACUAUCCAGUGGCUCCUCAUCCAACUCAGAUCAGACCUUCGUACAGAGACUCUCCUUAUAGCCGGCUUCCUCCUCCUCCUCCUCAGCCCCAUCCUAGUCUAGAUGAGCUACAUCGAAGACGAAAGGAAAUAAUGGCCCAGCUAGAGGAAAGGAAGGUCAUCUCUCCACCUCCUUUUGCACCUUCGCCAACAUUGCCUCCUACCUUUCAUCAAGAGGAAUUUCUGGAUGAAGACUUGAAGGUAGCUGGGAAAUACAAAGGAAAUGAUUAUAGCCAGUAUUCUCCCUGGUCAUGUGACACCAUCGGCUCCUACAUUGGAACCAAAGAUGCAAAACCCAAAGAUGUGGUGGCUGCGGGGAGUGUGGAAAUGAUGAAUGUGGAGAGUAAAGGAAUGAGAGAUCAGCGACUGGAUCUUCAGAGAAGAGCAGCAGAAACCAGUGAUGAUGACCUUAUCCCAUUUGGAGACCGACCAACUGUAUCUCGGUUUGGUGCCAUCUCUCGAACCUCCAAAACAAUAUAUCAGGGUGCUGGUCCAAUGCAGGCCAUGCCACCUCAAGGAGCUCCCACAAAACCUAUUAAUAUUUCAGAUUAUAGUCCAUAUGGAACCCACAGUGGCUGGGGAGGUUCUCCAUAUUCAACUCAUCAAAACAUUCCUUCUCAGGGACACUUCAGUGAGAGGGAGAGAAUGUCCAUGUCAGAAGUGGCCAGUCAUGGAAAACCCCUUCCAUCUGCUGAGAGGGAACAGCUACGACUAGAAUUGCAACAACUAAACCAUCAAAUUAGCCAACAGACUCAACUACGUGGGCUAGAGGCUGUUAGUAACAGGCUGGUGUUGCAGAGGGAGGUGAACACCCUGGCAGGCCAGUCACAGCCCCCACCACCACCUCCAAAGUGGCCUGGAAUGAUUUCAAGUGAGCAGUUGAGCUUGGAACUGCACCAGGUGGAAAGGGAAAUCGGGAAGAGAACCCGGGAACUGAGUAUGGAGAACCAGUGUUCUCUGGACAUGAAAAGCAAAUUGAAUACAAGUAAGCAAGCUGAAAAUGGACAACCAGAACCACAAAAUAAGGUUCCAGCUGAGGACCUUACAUUGACAUUCAGCGAUGUACCAAAUGGCUCAGCUUUGACACAAGAGAAUAUCAGCCUCCUGUCAAACAAGACCAGCUCUCUGAACCUGUCAGAGGACCCCGAGGGAGGAGGUGACAACAAUGACUCCCAGAGAGCAGGAGUCACACCCACUUCUGCUCCCUAAAUUAUGAAGAGUCCAACGUUUAUCUUUUGCUCCUGAUUAAUUUGCGGGGCAUAGGGGUAGGAGAACAGAUAACUUCUAAACUUUUUCUCUGAGAGUGGUCAGAGAAAUCAAGGAAAAGUAGCGGAGGCAAUGUG